GGCCUCCUGACCACCUUUCUUCUCAUUUGCUUCUUCUGUGGUGACUUGGCGGCUGUUUCCAAGUUGCUCAGAGCCGGUUUCUGUUCUCCAGUCAUGAGCUGUACCUGGAUAGCCUGUCUUCUGCUGAUGGUGUUUGUUUCUUGUCUUGGCUUCAACUUGGAUGCAGAGAGGCCGACACAUUUUCACAUGGACGGUGCAGAGUUUGGACACAGUGUGCUCCAGUAUGAUAGCUCCUGGGUGGUGGUUGGAGCGCCAAAGGAAAUAAAAGCCACUAACCAAAUAGGUGGCCUCUACAAAUGUGGCUACCACACAGGCAAAUGUGAGCCCAUCUACCUCCAGGUGCCCCCAGAGGCUGUGAACAUGUCUCUAGGCUUGUCCCUCGCUGGUGCCAUCAACCCUUCCCGGCUGUUGGCUUGUGGUCCUACUGUGCACCAUGCAUGCAGAGAGAAUACAUACCUGACAGGGCUCUGUUUUCUACUGAGUUCAUCAUUCAGGCAGAACCAGAACUUCCCAACUGCGCAGCAGGAGUGUCCAAGGCAAGACCAAGACAUCGUGUUCUUGAUUGAUGGCUCGGGUAGCAUCAGUUCUACAAAUUUUGGAAAAAUGCUGGGCUUUGUUAAAGCUGUGAUGAGCCAACUUCAGAGACCUAGCACACGGUUCUCCCUGAUGCAGUUCUCUCAUAAGUUCCGGAUACAUUUUACUUUCAAUGGCUUCAUCUCCACGUCAAGCCCUUUACGCCUGUUGGAUUCCGUAGAGCAGCUGGGAGGGUACACGUACACAGCCUCAGCUAUCAAGCAUGUCAUAACAAAUCUGUUCACUGCCCAAAGUGGAGCUCGGCAAGAUGCCACCAGGGUCCUCAUUGUCAUCACUGAUGGGAAGAAAAAAGGGGACAAAUUGAAUUAUGAUGGUGUCAUCCUCAUGGCAGAGGCUGAAGGCAUCAUUCGUUAUGCAAUUGGGGUAGGAGAGGCUUUUAAUAAAGAACAGUCCCUGCAAGAGUUAGUGGCCAUUGCGUCGAGGCCUUCCCAUGAAUACGUGUUCAGCGUGGAGAACUUUGAUGCUUUGAAGGAUAUCGAGAAUCAGCUGAAGGAGAAGAUCUUUGCCAUUGAGGAUUCUCCUAAGAAGCCUCCAUGGACCUGGGACAUGUUGUCUUUCUUCUUGAAAGCCAAGCAUCCUGCCUUCCCCAGGUACAGAGACACCAAGCAGCAGUUCUUUUGAAUUGGAGAUGUCCCAGGAGGGCUUCAGUGCUGUGUUUACACCUGAUGGACCAGUUCUGGGGGCUGUGGGAAGCUUCAGCUGGUCUGGAGGUGCCUUCU